AUGCUUUCAAGAACUACACCAUUAAGAGCAGGAAGCAGAUCUCUUAAACUUUUAGCCUCCUUAACAUCUAGUUACAGCUCAUUUCCUAAGGAAUUACUUGAAGUUGAUGAAUCUCUUGGUGCAAAAAUUAGGUCUUCUUCUUCAUUAAAGAAACCCCAGUUUGACUUUAAAUUCAUUACUGCAAAUGCCGAAAGCUAUGCCGAGUCUGCCAAACUUAGAAACUUUUCUCCUCAUUAUGUUGAGGGCAUAAAAGAAAUUUAUCCUCUUUAUACAAAAGCCAAGAAUGAUUUGAACAAUUUCCAGGCUCGACGAAGCUCUAUAGAGGCCGCCUUUAUGCCUCCUAAAAAGAAGAAAGGGAAAAAGAAAUCUCAAAAUGAAGGACCGGCUCCUGUUGCUGACUUUGAGAAACUUAACUCAAAGCAAAAACAGGAGGCUAUGCAAAAAUAUUUGGAGGAACUGAAGCAGCUCAAAGUAGAGGCAAAACAGUUAUAUGAAAAGGUUCAAGAGUACGAGACGACCUUAAUGAUCAAUGGCGACAUGGUUCCUAAUCUCAUUAGUCCAGACUCUUUCAUUCCAGAACCAGAAGUUGUUGACAUGCUUAACGACAAUGACGGAGCACGCCCAGUGAUGGCCAAAGAUACAGAUCAUGUUACAGUCGGAAAGGAAUUAGGUUUAAUUGAACUUGAUGCCGCUUCUCGUGUGUCUGGUUCUUCUUGGUACUACUUGACGGGAAAUGGUGCUCUUCUUGAACAAGCAUUGGUGAACUACGCACUUUCCAAAGCUCGAAGACGUGGUUACUCCCCAGUUAUUCCUCCCUCCAUUGUUCGACAAGAGAUGGCUCAUGCUUGCGGAUUUAGACCUAGAGAUACGAACGGUGAGCAACAGAUUUACAACCUCGAGGACUCUGAUCUUUGCUUAACAGGCACUGCUGAAAUCCCACUUGCAGGAUUAUAUUCCAAUGCUGUUAUUGAAUUCCCUAAGGAAGGCCCUAAUGCUGGCGUCAAAAAACAUGUUGGCGUUAGCAGAAGUUACCGAGCUGAAGCUGGUGCUAGAGGUCGUGACACCAAGGGUUUAUAUCGCGUCCAUGAGUUUACAAAGGUUGAGCUUUUUGCUUGGACUGAUACCAAAUCACGAUCUGUAAAGGUUCUUGAAGAUAUUUUGGCACUCCAAAAAGAAAUUAUAUUUGAGCUUGGAAUUACAGCCCGGGUGUUAAAUAUGUCUCCUGAUGAACUGGGUGCUCCUGCAUACAAAAAGUACGAUAUUGAAGCUUGGAUGCCUGGUAGACGUGACUGGGGCGAGGUUACUUCAUCUUCAAAUUGCACAGACUUCCAAUCUCGUCGCAUGCAUACCAAAUACCGCAAUGAGGAAGGAAAACUUGUUUUUGUUCAAACUCUGAACGGAACUGCAAUGGCUGUUCCUCGCGUGAUUGUCGCUAUCUUGGAAACUUUUUAUGAACCCGAGAACAAGCGUGUUAAGAUCCCAGAAGUCUUGAGAAAAUGGAUGGAUGAUCAGGAAUACAUUUCCUUGUAA